UUUGGAUUGCCGAGAGGAGGAAUUUCCUAGUGACUUUAGCUUUGUGGUCUCUGCUGAAGGGCAACUGGUUCGUUGCGUUUGUACAAGGGUUGCGUGCUCAAACAGUACCAGUAACUCGCUAUCAUGGCAGGACAUGACCACGGAUCCCAGCACCAGUUCACUGGGUUUGCAAAGUACUUCAAUUCAUACACAAUCAUAGGAAGGAGAAAUUAUGUUUUGGCCACAUAUGGCAGCAUACUAGCCCUUGUCCUUUUUUUCAAAUUGAAGCCUAAGAAAAUGCCUGUCACAGAAAAGUGAUCAUGUGUGCGUUUUGGUCAUCACUUUGAACAGCUGAAAGUGGAGCGAGCAGCUGGAUUUGCUUGUAAUAAAAUCACUCUGGUUUACAUAUUAACAAUAAAGAAUAUGUACACCCAA